GAAAAAUAAAUAGCGGCGGGCAGAGCGUGUUUAAAUGAGCCGCUGGUGCGCGCAGCACUACGAGAAACGUGCGACGGUACAGCGGGAAAGCUGGAGUGUUUCCGCGGGCAGGGCUCUCCAGCAGGGGGCACAGUGCGAUUUGAUGCCACCCCUGCGCGUCCACUCCUUUCGAGUCCACGCAGCCUCUCUGCUGUGCGGGUGACUCCUCUGAGGACCAUGAAGAGCUCCCCUGACCUUAUGCCCACUGAGUUGGAUCCCACUCGUGUGUGUAAGGGGAAGGGUGCUGUAACCCUGAGAGCCACACUAGUCCACAUCGACGAUGAAGACUGUUUCCCCCAAGAGUCAGCCACAAACCCAGCCAAGUGUGGGUGGCUUGAGGCGGUCAACGGAGAUGCCACAGAAACCAAUUUGGCAGAGGAAGAGGUAAAAGGCAUCGGAACUGAUUUAAAUUCAGCGCAGGUCAAUAAGGCUCCAAAAGAGGUUAAGUGUCCUGAAAGCUUGGAUCAGUCUCACCUCUCCUCCAGCUCAGGUCCUCCGAGUGCUCUCAUAUCAUCAGUCAGGGGGUCUUCCUCAUACCCACCUACCAGCAGCGUAAAUCCAACCAUUGUCCUGCUGCAGCACAGCAGAGACGCUGCAGCGGAGCAGAGCAGAGUGUGUGAUCAGAGCUCCAGUCAGAACCAGGUCAGGCCACAACCUGAAGGCCCUAACAGCCCCUCCGGUCAGAUGGAGGGCAAGAGAAUGAGGAUGACCAUGCACUCACCGUGCCCUGUUCCACCGGAGAAGCCUAGAGUCCCUGUACGGAACACAGAGAAGUCCAAGGACUGGUACAAAAACAUGUUCAAACAAAUCCACAGAGUCCCAGAGCCUGUUGAGGAAAACCCAUACCGUCCCACCUACAUAUUCCCUGAGAGCAAUGACAGGCCACUGAAAACCAGAGAUGAAAGCCCUUCACAUGGUGUAGAUGGGCGAAGUGUUCCACGUUCUAAAAGCGCAGUGGACAUGGGCACUUCCCAAUCAAGCCGAAGGGUCCCUGUGCCAGCCCGAACGUCUUCCCUGCGGCCAGAGAGGAAUGAGUGGGAGCCCCCUGACAAGAAAGUAGACACCAGGAAGUACCGGGCCGAGCCCAGGAGCAUAUUCGACUACGAGCCGGGGAAGUCUUCCGUCCUGAGGGUGGAGAGACCGGACUUAAGCCCCGAAGAUGUAGAUUUAGAGAAUGAACCAUGGUAUAGAUUCUUUUCAGAGAUGGAGUUUGGCAAAGCGAGUGCCCCCUCUUUCAGCCCCUUGGAAACACCCUCCGACCUGCAGCAAUACUCGGCCUGCAAAGCAAGUGCUGGUGUGGCGGGGAAGGAGGGCGGCUCGGCUUCAACUGAGCAUGCGGCCCCAGAAUGCGACCGGCACAUUUACAAGAGUGUCCUGGAGGGCGGCGACAUCCCAUUGCAGGGCCUGCGUGCGCUUAACAAACGCCAUCCCAGCACUUCCUCUAAAGUGGAUUAUAAAGGUGGGAAUGGCUGUAUGAUUUCACCAUGCUCCUCUGUAAAUAGUCGCUCAGUUCUUGCCAGUAACACGCUAGGUAAUCAGAAUAAGAGUAAAAAGUCUCUGUCUGCUGCCAAAGCCUGCAUCCCUCAAAUCCUUCCCUCCAAGUUCAAGCCUAAGCUUUCCCCUUCUGCUGAUGAGGGCCAGGAGAGGAGGGCUGAGCCUGCGUCUCGGCCAAAAGCGCACAGCUGUGAGGAUCUGCACCAGGAGCCCUGCCAUGUAUUGGGCAACGGAGAUGCAACAGACAGUGAUCAUGGGUUAGCUUCUCACUCCAAAGCCUCCAACUGUUUGCCUGAGAGCAGGACAUCUCCAAAAAACGGUCCUCUCAGUGGUACUCUGAGGAGCACAGCGGAGUUCUCUGCACUGUACAGGAACAUGCACCACAUCCAAAGGCCCAGCUCACUGGGCUCCAGCCCACAUGGCAGCGUCCGCAGCCUGGCCUCUCUCUUUGAGAAGCCAGGGGACGAGCUCAGUGGUCCGGAGCGGUCAGGGAAUGUUCCGCGGGAUGCCGUGACAUUUCGGGUGAUGGAGUUUGAACGCAUCAUUCAGCGCUCCAGUACGGCACCCACUCGCUCCGCCUCCAUGCCCACCCUACCCAGCGGCCCAAGCCCCGCCCACAGUCCUGCCCCUGGAUCUUGCUUCCUCCAGUCGGCUCUCUCUGCUGAGUCUUUGGUCGUGCCAGGGCCGACACAAACAGACGACUGCCCGCUAGUGCCUGUAGAGGACAAACUGUCCAGAGAGGAGGCUUCUUUCUCAGGUGGAGAAGCAGCAGAAUGCAUGGAACCCUCUAAUCAGAACCAUACCUCAAGAACUGACUCACACUCACACACAGACGGAAUAGAAGAAGAACUGGAAAACAGCUGUGUUCAAAGUGCUGCAGCUGAGAAUACUUUAAGUGGUCCCUCAGUGGCCAGCACCCCAACAUCAGAGCACCAUCAUCACCACCAUCAUCAUGACCAUCUCCCCUUCCACCCACUCCACCUCAAACCCAGUAAGUGUAAAGGCUCCUGUCCGGCCUCCUACACCCGCUUCACCACCAUCCGCAGGCAUGAGCGCCAGCAAGCCAGCAGUAGCUUUGUCCCAGAAAGAAGAGCAACCCCUCCCACAAACUUAUUAUUGAUGGGUCCAGCGCCGUUUUCCUUACGGAGAACGCUGCACACUCAUCAGGCCAAAAAGACUCUCUCAGCCACCAAAGCCCUGGCCGGAGAUGUGGCAGAUGGUCGAAUCUUCUCGUCCAGGCCCAGGCCUGUUAUCCCUCAGCGUCUGUCUUCUCUGGAGGUGCUGGAGAGGCUCAGUAAUGGCGACGGCUCGCCGUGCCAGGGGGGGGACGCCCAUGAGCUCACGGACGGGGAAUGCUCAGACGCCAAUAAAAACCACUGUGGAGAUUCCGAAUCCUCACACCCAUUAAGUCAAGGAGACCAGGGAGAAAACACAGAUGAGGUGGUCCGCAGACGCUAUGGAGACAAAGAGAAAAUUCUAGAGGAGCAGAGGCGCCUGAAGCGAGAGCAGGAAGAAGCGGACAUAGCGUCCCGGAGACACGCAGGCCUGGUGCUCACCCAUCAGCAGUUCAUCACCAAUGACCGCUUUGGGGACCUGCUUACCAUCAGCGACACAGAGAAAAGGAAAUCUGGACCAGAGAGAACACCUGCCUUGGCCCUGUUUAACUUCAAAGCAGAGACUGUAAAGGAGCUGCCAUUUCAAAAGGGAGAUAUUGUGUACAUCUAUCGGCAAGUGGACCAGAACUGGUAUGAAGGAGAGCAUCAUGGUAGAGUUGGAAUUUUCCCUCGCAACUACGUUGAGCUCCUGCCCCCUACAGAAAAAGCCCAGCCCAAGAAGAGUGCUCCCGUUCAAGUGCUGGAGUAUGGAGAGGCCAUUGCCCGCUUUAAUUUCACUGGUGACACCGCUGUUGAGAUGUCUUUCAGAAAGGGCGAGCGCAUCACAUUGAUUCGUAGGGUGGAUGAGAAUUGGUAUGAGGGCAAAAUCUCAGGCACCAACCGGCAAGGCAUCUUCCCUGUCACUUACGUAGAGGUGCACAAAAGACCCCGUGUUAAAAAUGGAGUGGACUACCCUGACCCUCCCAUUAGCCAUUCCCCUCAUCGCAGCACUAAUGCCUCGCCACAGCCGUCCCGUAAUCUCCUCACCACCUCCCCCCUGCCCCUUCCCCGCCCUCCUUCCCGUUCUGUGUCACCUGAGGUCCAUGCCGUGUCCAGCGAGUGGAUCUCCCUCACUGUGGAGGGGGUGAGCUGCAGCCCCCCGGCCGCCCCCACACCUCCCCUCCCGCCCCUACCCAGCGGCACCUACCGCUUGGGCGAGUAUCUGCCGCCAUCCCACUCUGCCAGCCCUGUGCCUCCUAUCACCAGCAGUCCCUACUACAUCUCCCCUGCAGCCUCGCCGUCCACCUCGCCCCUGCCCCCGCCCUACCCACCAAGGCCUAGCUCGGCCACUCCCUUCCUCACCUUCACCCCGCCGCAGGGCGAGGACUUUCUUCUGUGCCCCCCCUCGCCUCGCCUGUCCCGCAGCCUGAGUCCAUGCGGAGGCGCUGGCCUGGAGGGUUGGCUGGGUGGUGGGGGUAGCGCCAGGCUGGAGCACGAGCUGCAGCAGGGGGAAAGGGUGGAGCUAGACAGGGUCGGCGGCCUCCACAAGGCUCCGUGCAGCUGGAGCAAUAGCCCAGCAGAGCCUCUGAAGAAUGAAGGAGACUACCAUGGGCGAUCCUCAAGAAGUCCGGUCAUGUUGUUCGACAUCCAGGAUAACAACAUGAAUGCCAACUCAUUCACGGAGGCAGUGUGUAAUGAGAUCAUGAAUAUAGCAGAGACCUCAGUGAGGUACUGCAGCACUUUGUCCCGUCCUUUAGACUCCACCCACAGACUGAUGCCCCACCUCAGUAAACACUCUCUCAUCAUUUCCCAGCAACCCCAGUCACAAAGUAGCAGCCCCGAACCUGGACGCCUGAGCUGCGGCAUAUUCCAGGCCCUGUACAGCUACGUGCCACAGAAUGACGAUGAGCUGGAGCUGCAGGAGGGAGACCUUGUGAACGUCAUGGAGAAAUGCGAUGACGGCUGGUUUGUCGGUACAUCCAAGAGGACUAAACAGUUUGGCACUUUCCCAGGGAACUACGUGAAAGCCGUUCAUUUGUAACAUGUGAUAGCGAGUGGUCUGUAUGUAGAGAUUCUAACAGCCUCGAUUGGACACCAUUACCGAUGAGCUCAAGUGUUGAUUUUUUUUCCCCCCUUCAGUAUUGUAUUUUGCCCAGGUGAAUGUCCAGGUAUGUGAUCAGUAAGGUUUGCAGCAUGUCGGCGAGGACAACUUUACUGCAAUGGCAGAUAAUCUUUUCAGUCUUUCAAUUUUUUCUUUUAAUUCUUGCUGUUGUAUUUUUUAAGUGAAAGGCUCCUUUAACAGUCCUUAAUACUUUACAAUAUAUUUAAAACUUAUUUAAAAAAAAAAAAAGUUAUUUAAUUUUACAUUUGCAUCGCUGAAUUUAAUGCCAUGGCGCAUGUUUUUACUGCAUCACAUACCUGACAUUAACACACUAGAGACUAGUAACUCUGAAGUACACAAAACAGACUAAAAACACAUGGAAGACUCCCAAUUACUCUACUUUGAAUGUAUAAGGGCCUUGCAGUGUGUUGUAAGUUGUUGGAGGGUGACUGAAGGCAGUUAAAGGAGUUUGGCACCAUUGAAGGUUAACGGACCGGACAAAGGUCAGCAAAGCCCCAUGCGGGUCUAAGAAAUACUUCAGUAUUGAAAAUCAAUUUGGACUUCCUGUAUACACACUGCCUUUGACAGCAAUAUAAAAUUAUGGGGCAAAUUUUGAAAUGUUUGUGUGGUUACAGCUUCUGUACAGACAUGGCCUUCAAAUGCACUGAAACAGACACUAAUGUUUUAGUGUUUAGAGAACUACAUCAGGUAGGGGUUGCAUAGACUAUUUGACUAGUCGGUUCACUACAUCAGUGGUUCUCAUAACAGUCCUCAGGGACCCCCAGACUGUCCAGAUUUUUGCUGCAAUUUAACUUGCAACACAGAGAUAGAGCAAGAACAUGGGCUCCCAGAGGACCGGUUUCAGAACCACUGCACUCAUGUCCACUACUCAACGCUGUUGGCAACUAAUCAAAGGACAGUGCCCAAUGACCUCUUUAUUUGUCUUUUCAACCAUAUCGCUGUUGUCGGAAGAAAACCUUGCAUCUCCAACAUGGUAACUUUACAGGAAAAGGAAAAAACAUACUUCACUUUUAAUGUAAGUCAGUGGAACCAGACUUUUGUCCAAGUCAUUUUGGGUCAUUUCUUUUGGUCCAUUCAUCAUGAAAUUUACACACAAUGUAAAGAGCAACAGGUAUUUUCAAAAAAUGUCAAAAACUGAAAAAUGUCAAAAAUGGAGAUACGAGGUUUUCUUCUGACAACAGUGAUAUGUAGGAAUACAGUGACACAAAAUGGUGUGUCUUCAGGGUUACGGUUGCCUAGUAAAAAUUAGUAGUCGUGCAACCCCUCAGGAUGUUUUUAGAACUGAUUCUGUCAGCUUGACUGAAUAACAAAUGGAAUCUGUUACAAACCCCCUUAUCUCCAUAUCUCAGAACUUCAUAUUUUUGAUGAUAGUGCUUUUUCAUUGAAAUAUAAACUGAAUGGACCAGCACAAAAAUUCUGCACUGAAAACAUCCUGAUUUGCUCUGAAACCGUCCUGACUGGCUUUCUUUCCAUAUAAACAGAGUAAUGGAGGUAUGUUAUUAUCUCUUAUGGCGUCUCGCAUUUUGAUAAUCAUGACUGCAGUAUUUUGAAGCACAUCUGUUACUAUAUAUAAAAAAUGAUGUAAGUUUUCUGUUGAUAAUUAAGGGAAGACUAUGCUUUAUUUUGGUGUCCAUCGGCUGAUAAAUUUGAAACACUUAGCACUUAGUAGUGUGACUAACGUUGCAUAUUAUACUUGCAGUUAGGAAAUGUAAGUAUAGCAACCAAAUACUGUUUAUUCCAUUGGCUCGUACACUGUGACAGCGUUUUAGGGCCAGACGUGAGGCAGAUACAGUGCUGCUGGAGUAUCCAAACCAAACUUCUAGAAAAAAUUAAUAGUUCAGAUUUGAAAAAAUUUAAAAUAUGACUUUAAAAUAUUGUAAUAUUUAUGUCCUGGAAAUAUGGAGGUUAAGUUACUUUGAAAGUGGCCCUAUGGAUUGCCCUAAAAUACUGCUGCACUGUAGACCUGUGUGAGAUAUUAGACUUUUUUUUUCUUUAGAGAAUGUUGUGAGAAUGAAGGAUAGCAUGCAUUAACAAAAGUUUAUACUAUCAUUGCCAGCUACAUCAGACAGUGGCAUGCCUGAUGGUACAUCAGACAGUGAAUGUGUGAUACACGGCUGUGUUGGGAAUGUGUGAUGGGUAAUGAAAUGCCGUACCUCCUUCCAGUUCCAAUCUUGAAGUGCCAUUUAUACGAGUAAGCUACAAAUGCUCCAAAUCUGGAUGCAGGAUGCUCAACAAACUAUUUAUAAUUUUCACGCAAGAUUAGUUUUCUCUGCUAUAGCUGCGUUUCUGGUGUGGUUUCAAUAGAAAUGAAGAUAAACUAAUCAAUUACUGUGUAGAACUGUGGUAAAGACAUAUCAUGCAUGGGUUUCUGGUGUUCUCUGACAGCCAUGGAGAGUUUGAGCUUAAGGAAGGUUGAAUGCUUCUGCUCUCUGUAGUAUUGUGCAGCCAUGCCAGAGUGUGUCGCUGGUGAGCAUGUGAGGAGUGUCUCAUCAGAGGGAUGUCAAUCUGUGUGUGAGCCUUCUGUCUGAUACAAACGCGUAAGAAAACCCAUUCAUCAGUUACAUGCAGUAGGACUGAAGAUACAGUCACUGACCACUUCAUUAAGUAUAUCUCCUUGUUUUUGCACUUUUCGUCCAUUUUAUACCUAACCUAACCACCACAUCAGUGUCACUGCAGUGCUGAGAAUGACCCACCAUCCAAAUUACACUUGCUCUAUGGUGGUCCUGUCCAUUAAAGAACAGGUAAAAGGGGGCUAACAAAGUAUGCAGACAAACAGAUGGACUACAGUCUGUAAUUGUAGAACUACAAAGAACUGCAUCUAUAUGGUAAAUGGAGCUAAUAAAAUGGACACUGAGUGUAGAUACAAGGCAGCGUACUUAAUGAAGUGGCCGGUCGGUGUUUGCCCUUGUUUGGAAUGUAUUUGCUAUCAUCACCAAAGGUUUCAACAACCUAAGACCACAAUCUGACCUACGUCAAUAUUUAAGUUGUUACCCUACAUAUCAGAAAUUUGCCAUGGCUUUAUUCUGUUUGGCUCCACAAAAUGUCAUGCUAUAUACAGCAUAAGCAUAAGAAUAUAGUGUCUUGAGAAACCUGUGCUUUGGAUAUGAGCAAAGAAGCGAAUUAGUUUUCUCCUUUCAUAAUUGUAAAUAUGUAUAUUGAAUGAAUGAAUGACAGUGUUUGAAGUUACAACAGCCUCUAUGAACAUAGCAGUUUAUACCACAUGAAGACUUUUGAGAAAGCACAGAGUUGCUUGGCACAGGUGCUGUAACCAGAAUGAACGAGUGAGAAUAUCUGACACUGUGCUAGGACUGAGAUGCCUUUUGUCUCAUGGCUUCAUUUAUUUGUGCCUCAUUUUUAUUUUGCCUUGAUUCGUUCUUAAGUAAAUCAAUGUUCCUUUGAAGGAUAUGAUGAUUGUUUCAGCACACGCGUGUCAUGGAAAACAAUUACCGAGAUCCUGACUGCGAACGCCACAGUUUAUUAAUAAAGCGUGUGACAUAAUGCCUGUAGUGCAUAAUGACGAUGAUGAUGUGAUCUUCCACAUGCAGAGGCCCACCUUGCAGUUGUUGUUGUUUUUGUUUUUUUUUUUUUGCAGUGCUGUUACAGUACAAUAUUGGAUUUAAAACACUAUUUACUGCUGUGAUUUCAUUAUUAUGCAAUAUUUAAUAAACUAUAUUACAGCUUUGGA